AUGGAUGCCUCGCAACUGCCCGUGGCCGGCGCUUCGGAUGUCGCAAAUCAGGCGCAUCUGGAGCAGCCCCAGAGCCUUGAUACACCCGCUCCCGCGAGCCUCGGACUGGCGGGACCAGACGAGUUCACAACCUCAAAUGGCUACAGUAGCGACUCGCGCGCCCACUACUCCUCCCACGAAUUCAACUCUCCGGCUCGCGAUUUCCACAAUGAAAACGACCAACCUCGACAGAACUUCUCCCCGCUAACCCAUCAGCCGCAACCCUUAUCGUCAUCCCGUCCCAGCUCCGAAAUGUCCAACAACCUGCCCCAGCCUACACACGACAUCAGCCAAAAGCAACCGUCGCAAGCAGCCAAGAACAGUGUGGUGAUCAAGGUGGGGAUGGUCGGAGAUGCCCAGAUCGGAAAGACCAGUUUGAUGGUGAAAUAUGUGGAGGGUAGUUGGGAUGAGGAUUAUAUCCAGACUCUCGGCGUCAACUUCAUGGAGAAGACUAUCUCCAUUCGUAAUACGGAAAUUACGUUCUCUAUUUGGGAUCUGGGUGGCCAACGGGAAUUCGUCAACAUGCUUCCCCUCGUGUGCAACGAUGCUGUCGCAAUUCUGUUCAUGUUCGAUCUCACGCGCAAAAGCACACUGAACUCCAUCAAGGAGUGGUACCGACAAGGUCGCGGGUUCAACAAGACGGCUAUUCCCUUCCUGAUCGGUACCAAAUAUGACCACUUCGUCAACUUUCCCCGCGAGGACCAGGAGGAGAUCUCAAUUCAGGCGAAACGGUUUGCCAAGGCCAUGAAAGCCAGCUUGAUUUUCAGCAGUACAAGUCACAGCAUCAACGUGCAAAAGAUCUUCAAGAUUGUCCUGGCCAAGGCCUUUGACCUCAAGUGCACAAUUCCCGAGAUCGAAAAUGUUGGCGAACCCCUACUACUGUAUAAGAACGUCUAA